UUCCGUGCGUAUGGCGCCUGGUAUUUACGAGGUUAAAAAAUGUUUUUUCGUGUUUACUGAAAACGUAUUAACCUAGUACCCGGACAAUUAAGUGUAUGUGUGCAAUCAUUUAUCUAAGUGAAGUUUAGUGUGAAAUAUUAAAAUGAAACUUGUUUUAUUUCUUGUGGCUUUCGGGCUCACUUCGUGCGGCUGCGUGCCUGAAACUUCAUAUUGCUGUAAGCCGGAACAGGGUGUUCAGGCGGACAGUGAAAAUGCCUGCGUCUUGACUGACUCAAACAAUAAUAUUAUAAAGACAAGUACGAAACUAGCUUGCAAGAAUGUCACUCUAGUUGAUGAUGCAGAGUUUAGCUUUACAAUCACUGAUGAUGGCAGGAUGAUCAUCGAUGUAGAGGGAUUAGAGCCUCAAAUAAACAGUGACAUGUUUUGUAUAGCCAAUCGGACAUUAAACUCGAGUGGUAGAUUUAUAGUGUUUUGUAACGAAGCUGAAGAAGAAAUAAUUAUAGACCAAAUCAUCCUCGCGUACUGUAUGUAUGUGUCGGUGGUUUUCUUGUUACUGACUAUGAUAGUUUACUGCGCACUGCCUGAAAUGAGAGAUGUACAAGGGAAGAGUAUAAUAAACUUCUGUGGGAGUUUAGCGCUAGGACUCGGACUUUUUGGCUAUCUACAUUUAGGCCUUGAGUAUUCACAUUUAGGAUUAUGUGCUACACGAGGUUUCCUUGCUUAUUUCUUUUUGAUAGCCAGCUUUUUUUGGACCAACGCGAUAUCCAUACAGAUUGUCUUAAGCUUAAGACGUCCAAGUAAAACAAACUACGGUUGGAAGGAAUUCAUCUGGUAUGCACUGUACGCUUGGGGAUGUCCAAUAGUUAUAACAGCUACCACGGCUAUUGUCAAUUUUCACCCUGGCUACCAUCCCAAGGCUGGUAUUGGAUUAAAUACAUGCUGGUUCUAUGGUAAUUACCAGAGUUGGCAGUAUUUGUACAGCGUUAUAACGGUAUUGAUCUUAGCAAACAUCUGCAUAUUUAUCUACACAUCGAUACAUCUCUGGCGGAAUACAUUCUCUUCAAGUCACAUAAAGGCCCUAAAAUAUAAGUUUUUAAUGACAGUUCGAAUGUUCAUCGUGAUGGGAUUGCCGUGGGUGUUUGAAAUGAUCAGCUCAUUAAGCGGACCUCACAUAGUUUGGGUCAUAACCGACAUAUUGAACACUUUACAAGGAUUAAUAAUAUUUCUGCUGCUCGUCGUAUUCCGAAAACGCGUGAUAAAGGCAAUGUCGAGGAGGGGUUGGCUGGACUGCAUUUCAGGAGUGGUGGAACGCCACCUGGCGGUCGGUGAUGAUGACGAAGAAGACGUGGUGCAUCAAACUAUGGAUGUCAGCCUGCAAGACGGCCCUCUACUGUUACUGCUGGUGGCCAGCGGGCUGGCGUUAUCAGCAGAUCCAUGUUGCCCAAACAACGAAGUUAUCAAGGCUCGUGGCUAUUGCGACAACAACUCCACGGAGCAGAUUAAACUGAAUUGUUCGAUGGGCCGCAUGCUUCUGAGUGACGUAAUCCUUAACGGGGACAAGGUUUCCACUAAAGAUUCGCCCAAUUACAUAUUUGUGGAGGAUCCUAGACUAUAUUGCCUCGGCCAAAUGUAUCUUAACGCCAGCGAACCAAGCCAAGGACUAAUACCGGUAGCAGUGACGUGUUUCGAGAAGAUUCAAAAGAACGACAUAGAAACUGGGGGAAUUUUGACGCUUGUUUCUGUGGUCUUCCUUCUCGCUACAUUUUCAAUUUACAUGUACUUGCCGCAAUUGAGGGACCUCCAGGGAAUAUGCUACAUGUGCAUGUGCGUCAGUAUGGCUUUAGGGUUUUUAUCCCUUGGAAUUCUGCAACUCAGUCCUGGAUUUAGGGGUCAAAUAUGUGCUAUAACAGGUUUCCUAGUGUACUUCUGGAUGAUAGCAACUUUCUCGUGGAUGAACGUUAUAAGCAUCAACAUGUAUAGAACAGUGCAGGACGCUAGUUACUUGAAAAAGACCGAGAGGAGGCAGCAUUUCAUAUACAAUUGCUACGCUUGGGGUUUCGCCAUUUUCUUCCUGAUCGUGUCUCUUAUCACCGAUUUGGUAGAAGGAGAUCAUUAUAAACCAGGCAUUGGGGACAGCAGUUGCUGGUUUAGCGGUCGUACCGAAACAUGGAUAUUUUUCUACGGACCAAUCGCUACACUGAUCACCGCUAAUAUAAUGCUGUUCCUUUUAUCCUCCUUCGAGUUGUGGAGGAGUACGAGGAAGUACGAAGUCAACAAGUUGAACAACCUUAAGCAUAAGUUCUUAAUUUCUCUCAAGCUGUUCCUCGUCAUGGGAAUUUCGUGGAUCUUUGAAAUAGCCAGCUUUGCUCACGGCGAAUCACACAUAAUAUGGCGGAUAAUGGACAUAUUCAACUGUCUCCAAGGAGUAGUUAUCUUUUUAAUUCUGGUCGUAUUCCGGAGGCGUGUCGUACAAGGACUGGCCAGCGAAAAUUGCUGUUCAUUCAUCACUCGCCCAUGGGCUGAACGGCUAAGUCCCGAUGAUGAUGCAGACGAUCAGGAAAUACUGGCUGAUGAUACCGUAGAGGUUAGACUUAACUAAAUAUAAGUGUUAAAGUAUAUACCGGGAUAAUUUCAAAAUACCAAAAAGCUCUCGACCUGUAGUUGUUUACGUUAAAGCUAACAACGAUUGUUUUAAGACUUAUUUUUUAACUCGAUAAUUUAUGAAAUAUUCAAUAUUCUCUAAUACAAUGAUACUCUGUAAUGUACCUAACGUCGGAGACAGCGCGCUAACCAUGACUACAGGGGCAUGUAUUCGGUUUCACAGUGUAAUGUCACUUUACAGAAAUAUUUGUCUGAAAUAAAUUAAUACUGAAUUUUUAAAAGUCGUUGUUAGUUUUAAUGGAACUGCAAGGCCAAGAGUUUUUUGGUAUUUUUUAUUAAAACCUGUAUGUAGCAUCGCAGCAAUGGCGAACACUGGGCAUCUUACCAGGGUAUGCAUAGACCAGGAAAAUUGCAUAAAUGGCAAAAAAUAUCCUCCGUUACGAGUUAAUUAUCAAUUUUAGUGUAGGCAGUGCUUGUGUGCAUGUAUGAAGUGCGGCGUGCACUGCAUCGCAGUAUAUAAAGAUUAUUAAUUAUAUAAGAUUGGAUUAAUCAAAACAUUACAGCAACAAAUACCUAUGAGAAUUUUUCAUUUCUUAUCACUUAAUGGUUCAAAGACUAAAACUUAUGUAAACACCCGACUGUGCUAAUUUUCAAAUCAACAGUUGUUACAACAAAAACUUUUUUUCUCACAGAAUGGUCUCUGGUAUUAUAUCUUUAUUUUGUAUCUAGUUC